AUACACCGUAGCAUAUAUUAUAAGAAGGACGCUGCAAAGGAAAUAUGUCUCAAGGAAACACAAGUACAAACACGGAGCUGAACUUGGAAUACGCAGCGUCUUUAAUUCUGCGUGUGUUUCAAAGCUACGAUGUUGAUAACGGCGGUACAUUGCAACGAAGAGAGUUACGAAACUUGUUACGGCAGUGUGGUGCGAAACUAUCAAGUAAACAAUGCGAUGAUAUAAUUGACCAGUUAGAUACGGACGGCGAUGGAGAGAUGAACUUUGCAGAAUUCAUGGCCUUCCUCGGCAGAUUGUAUCAGUUACAAUUCUUUGGUUCAGACCCUGGAGACUUCUGGAAAAGGACGAAAGAACAAGAUGUUCAACCUGCUCCGAAACUCCCACCCCGCUCUUCUCCACACGCGUCCCCAAGAACAGUUGCUGGUCGUCCAUUACCAGCGAAACCGAGGGUAUAAAUCAAGCUAAGUGUUGAUUGGUGCCAAGCUGCAAAACGAUAGAAAGUGAAACGCUAUAUAACACGUGUAUUAUCAUACAACAUCCUGCCAUUAUUUUUUUAUUCCUGAAAGUGUUACUAGGAACUAUAUCAUACCUAUAUAUAUGUAGAACCAAAAUAUGAUAUUCUGAUAACGUAUUAACAUUAUACGUUUUAUCUAUUUUCUGUCGCCAUUAAAUUUUGCUUUUAAAGAAGUUA